UUUAUUUCCCCGUUCGAUUCCUUCUCCACACACCCAGCCACUGCGACGAUCGCAUCCCCCGACCUCUUCUUGGCAGGCAGCCGUACACCCAGUUCUCUCCACAUCAGUUUGAAAGUUAACAGUACUUUUAGUGGUGAACAUUCCUUAAUUCAAAGGAUAGACGCCUUGAGUCUUGUAGAGAAAGCAUAAAAGAUCUGCUCCUGCAUAAGGAGAAAGGAGUGAGGAGGAGGAGGAGGAGGCGAAGUUAAAGAAAUGCCGAAGAGGACAACACAUACAUACUCAAGUGAGGAUGCAGCUCCAGAGGGGCCAGACUCUGAUCUCUUUGUUUAUUACUGCAAGCACUGUGGAUCUCAUGUUCUCAUAACAGCACUCUUAUAUGAUCUAGAGAAAUUCUUAUGCUGAAGCAUAUUCGAUAUAAGAUACCCAAUUGCAGAAAAUGCCAAAAAGGAAGACCGACAAAGCUUAUGUAUUGGACAAGAAGAAACAUCUUGCCAGAUUGAACAUAAAUGAGGCAGGAAAAGUUCUCUUAAAACGUGGUGAAGGGAAACUGGAGAAACAAUUUCGGAUGAAUUGUCUGGGCUGUGAUCUUUUUGUUUGUUAUCGUGCAGAAGAAGAUCUGGAAGGUGCAUCUUUUGUUUAUGUAGUUGAUGGUGCACUCAGUACUGUUGCGGCUGAAACCAAUCCACAGGAUGCGCCAGUGCCACCAUGCAUAUCGCAGCUAGAAGGAGGGCUUGUGCAGAUAGCCAUAGAAGUUGAAGAUCGUGCACAACGAUCAGCCAUCACGAGAGUAAAUGCUGAUGAUGUUCGAGUCACUGUCGCAGCACCUGCUGCGCGCGGAGAAGCUAACAAUGAACUUUUGGAAUUUAUGGGCAAAGUGCUGGGCUUAAGGUUGAGCCAGAUGACUCUUCAGAGAGGCUGGAACAACAAAUCAAAGCUUCUUGUUGUGGAGGAUUUGACUGCUAGACAGGUGUAUGAGAAACUCUUGGAGGCUGUGCAACCUUGAUGAUCUGUUUUGGAUCAACGGUCAUGCUUGUGGGACGUAACCAUUCUCCUGCAUUUGACCUGUACUGAAAAAUCUAUUGCAUUUCAUUUUACUGACAAAGUGAGCUAGCUUACAAUUUUUAACUCCAAUGUUCCUUGCCGACUGUAGAACAUCUGCGGCCACUUUCUUCAUUACAUAUGGGAUUUGGACGACAUUGCUUUUAUGUAUGUUA